CAGGAAAUCAACUCAAGAAGAUGAAGCCUAAUAAAGGAAAGACCUGUACUAGGGAGAGAGACUAUGUGUACAAAUUCAGUGCUGGAAAUCAACAUUUAGUGCUUACCGUGCCUCUCAAAUUCCCUGUGCAAGAGAAUAUUAGUCAUUUGCAUGGACGUCUAAUGCUUCUGCACAAUCUGCCAUGCUUUAUAGAAAGUGACCUGAAGCAAUCUCUUAAUAAGUUCAUAGAGGAGGAAACUAUAAAAGAUUAUGAUAGAGAAGCUGAAAUGGCUCUGGAAGCAGUGAAAUCAGGAAAAGUAGACAUAAACCAGCUGGCAGAUACUUGGGCUAAAGCUUAUAAAGAGACAACGUUAGAAUAUGCAAAACCUGAAGAAACCAGCUGGGAUGAAGAUUUUGCAGAUGUUUAUCAUGAUCUGAUACAUUCUCCAGCUUCUGAAAUGCUGUUAAACCUGGAACACAAUUAUUUUGUUAGUAUCUCAGAAUUAAUAAGUGAAAGAGAUGUGGAACUGAAAAAACUACGGGAAAGACAAGGAGCUGAAAUGGAUAAGGUGAUGCAGGAGCUAGGGAAAUCGCUAACAGACCAAGAUGUAAAUUCAUUAGCGGCUCAGCAUUUUGAAUCUCAGCAGGAUUUGGAGAACAAGUGGACCAAUGAAUUAAAACAGUCUACCGCUAUCCAGAAGCAGGAAUAUCAGGAAUGGGUGAUAAAACUUCAUCAGGACUUAAAGAAUCCCAACAACAGCUCAGUCAGUGAUGAAAUUAAGGUUCAGCCCAGUCAACUGAGAGAAUCUGUAGAAGGAAAUGGAAGAAUUUAUGAAGAGCAAAGGCUGUUAGAAGAAAGUUUUACUAUUCACUUGG